AUCCACACUUCAGUUUAGCAUCCCAUUCCGCCCGAAGAUUCUGGUGAAUACAUAGAAAAGGGAAAUUAAAAUCCCAUUUUGGGAUAAAAAUGUUGGGUGUGUUCAGCAGCUCCAUAGUGUCGCCGCCGGACGAGCUGGUGGCCGCCGGAAGCCGAACUCCCUCGCCGAAGAUGACGGCGGCGGCGCUGCGGAAGCGUUUCGAGGAGAGGAACGCCUCCGCAGUGUCGGUGGAGAUCGGAGAGCAGGUGCAGCUAGCUUAUAGCCACCACCACGAAUCCCCGUGGCAGCCCAGAUGUUUUGCUGUGAAGGAUGAGGUAUUCUGCUUGUUUGAGGGAGCUCUUGACAAUUGGGGGCACUUGAGACAGCAGUAUGGACUGGCCAAGUCAGCCAAUGAAGUAUUGUUGGUGAUUGAGGCUUACAAAGCUUUGCGUGACAGAGCACCCUAUCCUGCUAACCACGUUGUUGGCCAUCUCAGUGGGAGCUUUGCAUUCAUAGUUUUUGACAAAACCACUUCUACCCUCUUUGUGGCCUCUGACCAAAAUGGUAAGGUGCCUCUAUACUGGGGAAUAACUGCUGAUGGCCAUGUAGCAUUUGCUGAUGAUGCAGAAUUGCUUAAAGGUGCUUGUGGCAAGUCACUUGCUUCUUUCCCUCAAGGAUGUUUCUACUCUACAGCUGUUGGAGGAUUGAUGUGCUAUGAGAAUCCUAAAAAUAAGAUAACUGCAGUUCCUGCUAAUGAAGAGGAAAUCUGGGGAGCAACUUUCAAGGUUGAAGGGCCGGCAGUUUUAGCAGCCAGACAAUAGACCUUGCCAUUAGUGGAGCCUUUGGGGACUGUAAGGCAUGCAUGAGGGGCAAUGUAAUUAAAUGGCUUGGAGAGUACUGAAACUGGAAUGGGACAUAGUUGGGGGUGUAACUUUGUUCAUUAGAUAGAGAAUUUACUGUGUCUGUGGAUGUACAGUUACGCUUUUCAAUCUAAUAAGGUCUGGUUUUGGAUUUUCUA